UCCUAUGGAGACGGCAGGAGCACCGUUGGCUAUCUUCGAAAGGGUGAAAUUACAGAGUACUCUCUGCAAGGAAACUCCAACAGACGGGAUACGAUGACAGAGAAGACAGGACGAGAACUCGACAUGCCGUGACAACGGUCUGUGAGGCGGCAUGUGACCAGACUUGGCGUACUCGUCAGCAAACUGGCGAAUCCGAGGAAUCAGCGGCGCAAAGGCGACGGCGAGGUGAAGGCGGAGCGGUGGGCCCGGUCCGUCGGCGGAGAUGACGUCGUCGGAAGGGGGAACGUCGUCGACGACGUCCAAGCUGGACGUACUUCUUUACACGGCGUGCGUCGUGUACAUCCUUUACUACAUUGUGGCGCUGGACCGCCGGCCGCGCCUUGUUUGUCGCCCGGGGCGCAUGCAGCGAUUGAUUAGCAGCGGACUGGGGACGUUCCUCAACGCCUUUUAUCGCACACCCAUCUGGUGCGUCGGUGCCAACUUCCAGUCGGUCGUGAGCUUCCUGUUUCAGAGUUGGCAGCCGGAAGUGUCCUACAGGCGCGAGUACCUAGCCUUGUCUGACGGCGGUCGGCUGGCGUUGGACUGGCUCAACGAAGAUGAGGAGUCGCUGCCAGUGCUGCUCGUGUUGCCGGGGCUGUGCGGCGACAGCCAGGCCUACUACUUGCGUUCCUUCAUGCCGCUGGUGGAAAAGCUGCGUUGCCCCUGCGUCGUCAUGAACGGACGCGGCCGCGGAGGUCUGCCGCUGAGCACACACCGCAUCACCCACAUGGCCAGCGUGGGAGACCUCGCGGAGGUUGUGGACGAGGUGCGCCGACGAUACCCCAGCCGAGCCCUGCUGGCGGUGGGCUACUCUCUGGGCGGGUUGCUCAUCAGCCUGUACCUGAUCAAUUCGGGAGAGGAGGCGCGAAUCGACGCCGCGCUGGCCAUCUCGACGCCGCUACACUUGGCCACCGCCAAGCGGAACCUCGAGCAGUGGUGGAACUCCAACUUCGGCUUGCUCAUUUACAUGGCCAGCAACCUGGUCGGACAUCUCAAGGACAACGAAGACGUGCUUCGAUUCUGCGAGGAGGUGAACGCGGACGCCGUUCUCUCCUCGUGGACGCUGUAUCAGUUCGACAAGACCUACACGGCUCCGGUAUUCGGCUUCAAGUCCACGGAGGAGCUCUACGAAAGUUGCAGCUUAAAGGGCAAGCUGUCUCGGGUGCGGCGUCCACUGCUGUUCCUCCUGGCCAGCGACGACGUGUUCGGAUCGCCGGAAACCUUUCCCGAAGACGAGAUAAUCGCCUCGCCGUGGUUGGCCGCCGUGGUGACACCCAGCGGCGGCCAUCUGGGCUUCGUCGAAGGCUGGCUGUUUCCGCGGUUACCGUUUUACGCGGAGCGUUUCGCGGCAGCGUACGUGAGGGAACUGCUGCGAGUCGUCCAGAGUGACGGCGCCCGCGGGCUAGCCCGCCUGGGAGAGGAUGCAUGACCGGUGCCCUCCUUCAUAUUGCAUAGCGAAACUAAAUUACCGACGUUCCGCCUUCAGAUAUCUGGGCAACAGUGUCUCGGUCUCACUUUCCAAGUUUCGGGUUACCUUUAGUUUUACAAAGGAAUGAGGUAUAGAAGUAUUUUAGGCGCGUACAGACAAUGAGUCCUCAGAAAUUCGAUGCAGCAGUAUUCAUAUAAAACACGCUGUUAAUAUAUGAAA